CCCGGGCCCCGUUUGCAGGCCUCUUUGCUGAGCUGGGAGGGACAGCCUGGCCUGCCUACCCCUCGGAGGACAAGGGGGUGAGACACAGCAACCUCUCUCUACAUUUGUACCACAGGACGUUCAGUUUGCUCCCCCAUGCGAUGGCUGCAGAUGAUGGGCUGGGGUUCGCUCUGCUGGGUCACAGCGAAAAGCACCGGCGCGCCCGCAACUGGACGGACGCAGAGAUGAAGGGCCUCGUGUGUGUGUGGGAGGAGUUUGUUGCCGAGCUCAGGAAGGCCAAGCGGAACGCAAAGAUCUACGAGAAGAUGGCUAAGAGGUUCCUGGAGCUCACGGGCGAACAUCGGCACAGGGAAGAAAUUAAGAUGAAAAUUACGAACAUGACUUUCCAGUACAGGAAGUUGAAAUGUUCAGCCAACGGCAGUGCUCCAACGCCAGAGUGGCCCUACUUCCGAGCGAUAGACCGCAUUCUGUCCAAGGCCCUGGAUGUGGGCGGGACACAGAGCUGUGAGCAGCAGCCCCCGCAUCUCUCUGUGACCUGCCCCGAGGCAUCGCCGUCUCUCCCCAGUGCCUCCCCACCAGGGUUCCUGCCCGAGUACACGGGCUCCUCUGAGGAGCAGGAGCCACAGGUGGAAGUGGGGGGUUCCGAGAGCUCGGGCAGCCUGCAGUCCCUGGAGCCCAGGUCGCAGCCGCCGCCCACAAAGAGGAAGAAGGUGCUGCGCUCUGCGCUGAAAAGGAGGAAGCUGCGUGUGCUGGAGGCCAUGCUGCAGGAGCAGAGGCGGCUGGGCCGGGCCGUGGAGGAGGCGUGUCGGGAGGUGCGUCGAGUAAUGCACCAGCAGAACUUCCUCCAGGUGCAGAGUCUGCAGCUGCAGGAGCGCAUGAUGAACCUCCUGGAGAAGAUGAUCUCCCCAGCGAUGCAGCCGAUGCCCUGGGUACCAGCAGACUCCAGGGGGGUGGGUCCAGGCCAGGGCUGAGACACACGCCACCACAC